UUAAAGAUACUCAUGAAAACUGAGGCAAGAAUCCCUUUUUAAAUAUGUUGUUCCGAUUUAUCCCAUGCAUCCUGGCUUUGCUGCUGCUAUGCAAAGGUUUCUACGCGGCGGAUUGUUCGCUCAUUGGCCCCGCGUUUCCCGCACCUCGAAGCCUUUCCCGUUCAUUGACCUGGAAGAGAGCAUUGGACGAUUUUGAAUCCAACCUCAAAGGGCUUCUUCACCAGUCAGCUGACUUGGAUGCCAGCACUACGUCGUUUUCAAUCAAUAUCUUCUCUAGUCACGAGGAGAAGCUCCUAUACGAGUACCAUCACGAUGCCCCCGGGCUUAAGGGCUCAAUUGCUGAGGGUCAAAAACUUAAUGGUGACACAAUGUACCGGAUUGCCAGUAUCUCAAAGGCUAUGACUGUAUACGCUUUUUUGAUCGAAACAGGAUUCAAAUAUUUCAACGAACCGAUUGCAAAAUUUAUCCCAGAGAUUCAGCGUGCGAUCUGGAAGGAAGGCCAAAAUCCAGACGAUACCAUAGUUCCACAAUGGAGAGAUAUCACGUUCCAAGCUCCUUUCGCUAACCAACCCAUAGACUAUUCGAACGACAUUGCCGGCAAAGUAAAUCAAACUAUUGCCGCUCAGCUGGGACUCCCAGCUUUGAGCAAUUCUAAUAUCCCACGAUGUGGAGAGAGGGGCCUACACUUCGACCCGUGCACCCGAAGCGAGAUGUUCGCGGAAUUAAUGGAACAUCAUCCGGUCUUUGCUCCAUUUAGUACUGCAAUCUACUCUAACGUGGCCUUCGAUAUCAUGGGAUAUGUCCUCGAGCGAAUCACGGCCGUUCCAUUUGAAAAAUCUGUCAAGCGUUCGAUCGUCGACCGACUCAAGCUCAAGCGUUUCGGUAUCGAAACCCCUCCUGACGCCUGGGGCGUUAUUCCAUUUGAUCCUCUGACGUCUCAUUGGAACACUUCACGUGGUUCUGGUAACCCGGCAGGAGGAUUUUAUUCAAGUUCAACUGACCUAGCUCGGGUUGGACAGUCAAUUCUACAAUCUCGCCUUAUUCCAGAAACAGACACUCGACGCUGGCUGAAGCCCAACUCUCACACUUCCUCUUUGAUGUCCUCCGUCGGCAGCCCCUGGGAGAUUUACCGGUCAUCCAACACUAGGGUUAUCGAUUUCUAUACCAAAUUCGGAGACCUCGGUAGCUACGGCUCAGUCAUGGCCCUGAGCCCGGAUCACGAUGUGGGAUUCACAGUUCUGGCAGCGGGCGCAAAACCAGGGUCACAAAGGACACUCCUCGCCGAUUUAAUUGGACGCUUACUUAGUGCCACUCUGGACAAGGAAGCGCGACUACAGGCCGUAGAAGAUUUCUCGGGAACCUAUUCCUCUUCCCCAAGCAGUGAAAACGAAAAAGCUACCGUGCUGAAAAUCAGCAACAAAACGGACGACACCGGCCCAGGAUUAGCAAUUGAGUCGUUCUACCUCAAGGGUGCCACAUUCAAGGACAUAAUUGGGGCGUUCUUCGGCGCGCCGCCGGGAGCAUUUCCCAAAGUUGACCUCCGCCUGCAGCCCACUGGCCUGACGGCAAGGUACACCAGCAGCUCGCGCGAAUCAGUCAGGUCGCGAACAUCUUUCCGUGUCGUUGCCACUCUUCCGGAGCCCGGCGCUGAUAAUAAUUUGACCAAAGAGAAGAUCUUCAGCGGUGUUUGCGAGCCAUGGACCUCCAUUGAUGCCUUGCGGUAUGGACGCAGGUCGAUUGAUGAGCUUGUCUUUGAACGUGAUGGAGCUGGGAAGGCAGUGGCGCUUGACAUGGGAAUCACCAGACAGACACUACUUAGAAAGGACACUAACUGA